GGCAUAUUCUCUUCCUUUCUCCGCCUAUCCCGCGGCUCAUCACCGAAAGAACAAGAUGACGCUGUUCGCGGCGGCACUCACUGGAACCCGAUCUCGCAUAUCCGCAUCCCUCUCCGCGGCGGCGAGCUACUCGGCCUGCGUCUCUUUAUCCCCGUCGACGAAUUCUAUUUCGGGAUCUCCUCCUUGCUCCACUGCUGCGCGCAAUUUUCAUGACUGGCGAUCUCCCCUCAGCCACCGCGCGGCCGUCCGCUCUUCGACUGUUGUUGCGGAUCGGUUCGAACGCCGCUUCGCCACUGCCGCUUCUCGCAACUCGUAUGAGGGCAUUUUGACUCCGCUAGCGAAACCCGGCGGCGGGGAGUUUGGGAAGUAUUAUAGUCUGCCGGCGUUAGAUGAUCCUAGGAUCGAUCGAUUGCCGUUUUCGGUGAGGAUUCUGCUGGAAUCGGCGAUCCGGAAUUGUGAUGAGUUCCAGGUUACUGGGAAGGAUGUGGAAAAAAUUAUUGAUUGGGAGAAUUCAGCACCGAAGCAGGUCGAGAUUCCCUUCAAGCCUGCGCGAGUUCUCCUUCAGGAUUUUACUGGCGUUCCAGCUGUUGUGGAUCUCGCAUGCAUGCGUGAUGCUAUGAACAAGCUUGGCAGUGAUUCCAACAAAAUCAAUCCUUUGGUACCUGUGGAUCUUGUUAUUGAUCACUCCGUCCAGGUUGAUGUUGCAAGAUCAGAAAAUGCUGUCCAGCAAAACAUGAUACUUGAAUUUCAGCGCAAUAAGGAAAGAUUUGCAUUUUUGAAAUGGGGAUCAAAUGCAUUCCACAAUAUGCUUGUCAUUCCACCUGGGUCUGGUAUAGUCCACCAGGUGAAUCUUGAAUACCUUGCUCGUGUUGUUUUCAACAAUGGAGGGAUUCUUUAUCCAGACAGUGUGGUUGGUACUGAUUCUCACACAACUAUGAUAGAUGGGUUAGGUGUUGCUGGCUGGGGAGUUGGUGGAAUAGAAGCAGAAGCUGCAAUGCUGGGUCAGCCGAUGAGCAUGGUUCUUCCUGGAGUUGUGGGAUUUAAGUUAUCAGGAAAACUGAGGAGUGGCGUGACAGCUACUGACUUGGUCCUAACUGUGACACAAAUGCUUCGGAAGCAUGGCGUUGUUGGGAAGUUUGUAGAAUUCUAUGGGGAUGGAAUGCGUGAACUUCCUCUAGCAGAUAGGGCCACUAUAGCUAACAUGUCACCUGAGUAUGGAGCAACCAUGGGAUUCUUUCCUGUUGAUCACGUCGCCUUGCAAUAUCUGAAGCUGACUGGCAGAAGUGAUGAAACUGUUGCAAUGAUAGAGUCAUACUUACGAGCCAAUAAAAUGUUUGUUGACCACAGUCAGGUCGAAGUAGAAAGAGUAUAUUCAUCAUAUUUAGAGCUGAAUCUGGAAGAAGUAGAGCCAUGCAUAUCUGGACCGAAGAGGCCCCAUGAUAGAGUUCCCUUGAAGGAAAUGAAAGAAGAUUGGCAAUCUUGCUUAGACAGCAAAGUGGGAUUUAAGGGUUUUGCUAUACCACAUGAAUCCCAAAAGAAAGUUGUAGAUUUUACUUUCAAAGGGGAGCCAGCUCAGAUAAAACACGGCGAUGUUGUUAUAGCUGCAAUCACUAGUUGCACAAAUACUUCAAAUCCUAGUGUGAUGCUUGGAGCUGCUUUGGUUGCGAAGAAAGCUUGUGAUCUUGGACUUGAGGUGAAACCGUGGAUUAAGACUAGUCUUGCUCCGGGUUCUGGUGUUGUUACCAAGUACUUGGAAAAGAGUGGCUUACAGAGAUACUUGAAUCAGCUUGGUUUCCACAUUGUUGGAUAUGGUUGCACCACCUGUAUAGGAAAUUCUGGAGACAUUGAUGAAGCGGUUGCUUCUGCUGUUACUCAGAAUGAUAUUGUUGCUGCUGCUGUCUUGUCUGGAAAUAGGAAUUUUGAGGGACGUGUGCAUCCUCAUACCAGGGCAAACUAUCUUGCUUCCCCUCCCCUUGUGGUAGCAUAUGCUCUCGCGGGCACGGUUGACAUUGAUUUUGAUAAAGAAUCCAUUGGGACUUCAAAGGAUGGGAAAAAGGUGUACUUCAGAGAUAUCUGGCCAACCAGUGAAGAGAUUGCCAAUGUUGUGCAAUCCAGUGUCCUUCCAGACAUGUUUAAAUCUACUUAUGAAACGAUCACCACAGAAAAUCCCAUGUGGAAUCAACUACAGGUGCCACCCACCAGUCUCUACACAUGGGAUGCUUCAUCAACUUACAUUCACGACCCUCCAUACUUCAAGAACAUCACAAUGUCUCCUCCUGGUCCACAUCCUGUGAAGGAUGCUUACUGUCUGCUAAGCUUUGGUGAUAGCAUCACAACAGACCAUAUUUCUCCUGCUGGAAGCAUUCAUAAAGAUAGCCCUGCUGCCAAAUACUUGGUGGAGCGCGGUGUAGAAAGGAAAGAUUUCAAUUCCUAUGGGAGUCGUCGUGGUAAUGAUGAGGUAAUGGCACGAGGAACAUUUGCCAACAUUCGCCUUGUCAAUAAGCUACUGAAAGGUGAAGUUGGACCAAAAACAAUCCACAUUCCCUCAGGGGAGAAACUUUCUGUUUUCGAUGCUGCAAUGCAAUAUAGAGCAGAUGGUCAUGACACAGUCAUCUUAGCUGGUGCCGAGUAUGGGAGCGGAAGCUCUCGUGAUUGGGCCGCAAAGGGCCCAAUGCUACUGGGGGUCAAAGCUGUGAUUGCUAAGAGUUUUGAGAGAAUUCAUCGCAGCAACCUUGUAGGAAUGGGUAUCAUUCCCCUAUGUUUCAAAUCCGGUGAAGAUUCAGAGACCCUUGGGUUAACUGGACAUGAACGCUUCACCAUUCAUCUCCCAAUCAGUGCGGCUGACAUCAAACCCGGCCAGGAUGUCCCCAUUACAACAGAUAAUGGCAAAAGCUUUACCUGCACUGUCCGAUUCGACACUGAGGUUGAGUUAGCAUAUUAUAACCAUGGUGGAAUCCUACCAUUCGUCAUCAGAAACCUGAUUAGUGCUAAUCAGUAGAUUCAAUGGAAAAAAAAAAGAAUUUUGUUUUUUUUUUUUAUAUAAUUAUUGUGCCCAUGUCCUAUUAUUUCUCUUGGGUUUUUUGAUUUAUGCGCCCAGGAAAUAAACAGAAGUACAGGAGAUUUUCAUGUUCAACUUAGUGAAGCCAUAAUAAACCUGAUGAUUCAGGUAUUCUUGGAAAGUACAAUUUUCCUCUUACAAGGCAUUACUUUCCAGCAAUCUUUACAUCUAAUUAGCAUUGUAACUCAGUUUUUUAAGUUUUGUCAGACUUGUAAGCUGUAACCUGUACACGCCUUAAACCCAUAUGGGGACCCUUCCAGUUUUGAAAAUAAUGGGAGGAAUCCAUAUCAUUUGAAAUA